CCCACCUAGUGAAUGACGAUGAUUCCGAGGUAAACUCACCUAUUUAAAACCCUAACACAACUAAAAGCUCUCUCACUCUGUCCCAUUUCUCCAUCUCUCCCAUCCAAAAAGAAAAGCUUUCAAAUCUUCACUACCUGACAAUGUCUUGCUACAAGGGCAAAUAUGCUGAUGAGCUCAUCGCCAAUGCUGCUUACAUCGGUACCCCUGGAAAGGGUAUCCUUGCCGCUGAUGAGUCCACUGGCACCAUUGGAAAGCGUCUUUCCAGCAUCAAUGUAGAGAAUGUUGAGACUAACAGGCGUGCUCUUCGUGAGCUCCUCUUCACCAUUCCUGGGGCUCUUCAGUACCUCAGUGGAGUCAUUCUCUUUGAGGAGACCCUUUACCAAAGCACAGCUGCUGGUAAGCCAUUUGUUGAUGUUAUGAAGGAAGGUGGAGUCCUCCCUGGUAUUAAAGUUGACAAGGGUACAGUCGAGCUCGCUGGAACAAAUGGUGAGACCACCACUCAGGGACUUGAUGGUCUUGCUCAGCGUUGCCAGAAGUACUACGAAGCUGGUGCUAGGUUCGCUAAGUGGCGUGCUGUGCUCAAGAUUGGCCCCAACGAGCCAUCUCAGUUGGCCAUCAAUGAAAACGCCAAUGGUUUGGCACGGUAUGCCAUCAUCUGCCAAGAGAACGGCCUUGUCCCCAUUGUUGAGCCAGAGAUCCUCGUUGAUGGAUCACACGACAUCAACAAGUGUGCUGAUGUUACCGAGCGUGUUCUUGCUGCCUGCUACAAGGCCUUGAACGACCACCAUGUCCUCCUCGAGGGAACUCUUUUGAAGCCUAACAUGGUCACCCCUGGAUCAGAUUCCCCAAAGGUUGCCCCUGAGGUGAUCGCUGAGUACACAGUUCGUGCCCUCCAGCGUACCAUGCCACCAGCAGUUCCAGCUGUUGUGUUUCUAUCUGGUGGACAGAGUGAAGAGCAGGCCACUGUUAAUCUCAAUGCCAUGAACAAGCUUAAGGGAAAGAAGCCAUGGUCGCUAUCAUUCUCUUUCGGUAGGGCUCUUCAGCAGAGUACCCUCAAAGCUUGGUCUGGAAAAGAGGAAAAUCUUGCUAAGGCUCAAGCUGCAUUCCUUACAAGGUGCAAGGCCAACUCUGAAGCUACUUUGGGAACUUACAAGGGUAGUGAGAACCUUGAUGAUGGAGCAUCCGAGAGCCUCCAUGUCAAGAACUACACUUACUGAUAAAGCUUUUAGGGAUUAUCUUUCAUGUCUUUCUUUUCAAGAUUAAAAUGUCUUUGUUUUGCAUGAACUAUGAUUACUAAGGCUGUUAAAAUCCUUGGUGGUUCAUUUUUAAUUUGAUUAAAGCUAUUACAGCAUUUUUCUGGGGAAGUUUUUAGCUUUCGUAAGACGUUCACUUAUUUUACUUUGGGAAUUUCCGAGUACAAGAGUCAAUUUGGCUCUAUAAUGCAUCGAGAAUAUGUUCAAUAAGUAAUAAUCCUUUUGUCCA